AUGGGUGUCCAGGGGACACUCAGCUUCCCUUUGGGGCUCCUGCUGGGCUCUGUGCUCCUGGUGACCUCUGCCCCAGCCACCCCGGAGCCUCAGGGCUGCAGCAGCAAGGAUCAGCAGGUCACUGUGAGCCACACAUACAAGAUCGAUGUUCCCAAGUCUGCCCUGAUCCAGGUGGAGGCCGACCCGCAGUCCCUCAGCGAUGAUGGGGCCUCACUCAUGGCCCUGGGGGAGGCUGGGGAAGAACAGAAUUUCAUCUUCAGGCACAACAUUCGCCUUCAGACACCACAGAAAGACUGUGACUUGGCAGACAGUGUCCAGGACCUCCUGGCCCGGGUGAAGAAGCUGGAGGAAGAGAUGGCAGAGAUGAGGGAACAGUGCAGUGCUCAGCGCUGCUGCCUCGGGGCUGCAGUGGUGGCACCUCAGGGCCUGCAGCUGCUCAAGAGCACCGAGCAUUCCCUGCUGGUGAGCUGGGAGCCCACCAGUGACGUGGACCACUACCUGCUCAGCUACUAUCCCCUGGGGGAGGAGCCCUCCCUCAAGCAGAUCCAAGUGCCCAAGGAGCAGCACACCUACGAGAUUCCCGGCUUGAUGCCUGGCACCAAGUACAUCGUCACCCUGCGCAACGUGAAGAAAGACACAGCCAGCAGUCCGCAGCAUCUGCUGGCCACCACAGAUCUUGCUGUGGUAGGCACUGCCUGGGUGACAGAAGAGACUGAGACCUCCCUGGACGUGGAGUGGGAGAACCCCCUGACGGACGUGGACUACUUCAAGCUGCAGUAUGGCCCCUUGACAGGCCAGGAGGUGGCCGAGGUGAAUGUGCCCAAGAGCCGUGACCCCAAGAGUCGAUAUGACAUCACGGGUCUGAAGCCUGGGACAGACUAUAAGAUCACAGUUUUUCCCAUGAGAGGCGGUCUGGAAGGCAAACCGAUUCUCCUGAAUGGCAGGACUGAAAUUGAUGGUCCAACAAAUGUGGUCACUAAUCAAGUGACAGAAGACUCAGCGGCAGUGUCCUGGAAGCCCGUGAGGGCUGACAUAGACAAGUAUGUGGUACGCUACAUCGCUCCUGACGGGGAAACCAAGGAAAAGGCGGUAUCCAAGGACCAGAGCAGCACCGUCUUGACCGGCCUGAAGCCAGGAGAGGCGUACAAAGUCUUUGUGUGGGCUGAGAGGGGCAACCAGGGGAGCAAGAAGGCGGACACCAAAGCGCUCACAGAACUUGACAGCCCUGCCAACCUGGUGACUGACCGGGUGACAGAGAACACCGCCAGUGUCUCCUGGGAUCCAGUGGAGGCUGACAUUGACAGGUAUGUGGUGAGCUACACCUCUGUCGACGGCGAGACCAGGGAGGUUCCAGUGGACAAGGAGAAGAGCAGCACCAUCCUCACAGGCCUGAGGCCAGGCGUGGAGUACAAAGUCUACGUGUGGGCUCAGAAAGGGGAUAGAGAAAGCAAGAAGGCCAAUACCAAGGCUCCCACAGAUAUUGACAGUCCCAAAAACUUGGUGACUGACCGGGUGACAGAGAAUACGAUCAGUGUCUCCUGGGAGCCUGUGCAGGCCAGCAUCGACAGGUAUGUGGUGAGCUACACCUCUGCUGAUGGAGAAACAAAGGAGGUUCCAGUGGGGAAAGAGAAGACCAGCACCAUCCUGACAGGCCUGAGGCCAGGCAUGGAGUACAAGGUCCAUGUGUGGGCCCAGAAAGGGACCCAGGAGAGCAGGAAGGCCAAUACCAAGGCCCCCACAGACAUUGACAGCCCGAAAAACUUGGUCACUGAACAGGUGACAGAGAACUCUGCCACCGUCUCCUGGGACCCGGUAGAGGCUGACAUUGACAGAUACGUGGUGCGCUACACCUCUGUUGAUGGAGAGACCAGGGAACUUCUGGUUGGGAAGGAUCAAAGCAGCACCGUCUUGACAGGCAUGAGACCAGGUGUGGACUACAUAUUCGAAGUGUGGGCCCAGAAAGGGACCCGGGAGAGCAAGAAAGCCACCACCAAGGCCCCCACAGACAUUGACGGCCCGAAAAAUCUGGUGACUGAUCAAAUGACAGAGAACACCGCCAGUGUCUCCUGGGAGCCGGUGGAGGCUGACAUUGACAGGUAUGUGGUGCGCUACACCUCUGCUGAUGGAGAGACCUGGGAGGUUCCAGUGGACAAGGAGAAGAGCAGCACCAUCCUCACAGGCCUGAGGCCAGGCGUGGAGUACAAAUUCGACGUGUGGGCCCAGAAAGGGAUCCAAGAGAGCAGGAAAGCCAGCACCAAGGCCCCCACAGACAUUGACAGCCCCAAAAACCUGGUGACUAAGCAGGUGACGGAGAACAGUGCCACUGUCUCCUGGGACCCUGUGGAGGCUGACAUUGAUAGGUAUGUGGUGCGCUACACCUCUGCGGAUGGAGAGACCAGGGAAUUUCUGAUUGGGAAGGAUGAAAGGAGCACCGUCCUGACAGGCCUGAGGCCAGGCGUGGACUACAAGUUUGAUGUGUGGGCCCAGAAGGGGGCCAGGGAGAGCAGGAAGGCCAGCACCAAGGCCCCUACAGACAUUGACAGCCCCAAAAACCUGGUGACCAACCAAGUGACAGAGAACACAGCUACCAUCUCCUGGGACCCAGUACAGGCAGACAUCGACAGGUACAUGGUGCGCUACACCUCUCCCGAUGGAGAGACCAGGGAGAUUCCAGUGAGGAAGGAGAAGACCAGCACUGUCCUGACCGGCCUGAGGCCGGGCGUGGAGUACACGGUCCAUGUGUGGGCCCAGAAAGGGUCCCGGCAGAGCAAGAAGGCUGACACAAAGGCUCCCACAGAAAUUGACAGCCCCAAAAAUCUGGUGACUAACCGAGUGACAGAGACAACAGCCACCAUCUCCUGGGAGCCAGUGCGCGCCAACAUUGACAGAUACAUGGUGCGCUACACCUCUGCGGAUGGAGAGACCAGGGAGGCUCCGGUGCCAAAGGAUCAGAGCAGCACCAUCCUCACAGGCCUGAGGCCGGGCGUGGAGUACACGGUCCAUGUGUGGGCCAAGAAGGGAGCCCGGGAGAGCAAGAAGGCUGACACUAAGGCCCUGACAGAAAUCGACCCUCCCAGAAACUUCCGUCCGUUUGGUGUCACACACUCUGGUGGGGUGCUGACCUGGAUGUCCCCCACUGCUCAGAUCGAUGGCUACAUUCUCACCUACCAGUUUCCAAAUGGGACAGUGAAGGAGGUGAGGCUCCAAAGGGGCGAGCAGAGGUUUGAGUUGCAAGGCCUGGAGCAGGGCGUCACCUACCCUGCCUCUUUGGUUGCCUUUAAGGGCGAUCGCCGGAGCAAGAGUGUGUCCACCACCCUCUCCACAGUUGAUGCCCGUUUCCCACACCCCUCGGAUUGCACCCAGGUGCAGCAGAACAGCAACGCUGCCAGCGGCCUCUACACCAUCUACCUCAAUGGCGACGCGAGCCGGCCCAUGCAGGUGUACUGUGACAUGGAUACGGAUGGAGGCGGCUGGAUUGUCUUCCAGAGACGGAACACCGGGCAGCUGGAUUUCUUCAAGCGUUGGCGGAGCUAUGUGGAAGGCUUUGGGGAUCCCAUGAAAGAGUUCUGGCUUGGCCUUGACAAGCUGCACAAUCUCACCACUGGCACUCCUACCCGGUAUGAGGUGAGGGCGGAUUUACAGACUUCCAAUGAAUCUGCCUACGCGGUGUAUGAUUUCUUCCAAGUGGCCUCCAGCAAGGAACGAUAUAAGCUGUCAGUGGGGAAAUACAGGGGCACAGCAGGGGAUGCUCUCACUUACCACAAUGGAUGGAAGUUCACAACUUUUGACAGAGACAACGAUAUUGCCCUCAGCAACUGUGCCCUGACACAUCAUGGUGGCUGGUGGUAUAAGAACUGCCACUUGGCCAACCCCAAUGGCAAAUACGGGGAGACCAAGCAUAGCGAGGGGGUGAACUGGGAGCCGUGGAAAGGACAUGAAUUCUCCAUCCCUUAUGUGGAACUGAAAAUCCGCCCUCAUGGCUACAGCCGAGAUCGUUUCUCCGGCAGAAAGAAGAGGUCACUGGCAGGAAAGAUGAGAAUGUUCUGAAGAUACCGAUGAGCAAUCUUGGCAGGAGACUAGCAGCUGGGGUUGGGGCUGGGCGGUGUGAGCUUGGGGCGGGCGGGUGGUGGCGCCUGGGGACUGAGGUGGCUCAUAGCUUCUGGAUUCUGUGAUAGCGGGAUUGUCCACAGAACACACUGUCGCCAUGCGUUGAAGCUUAAGGUCUCCCAUGUUGCAUUUCACCCAUCUCUUCUGGGGGAGGGGGACGCUGCAAAUCAGUAACAUCAUGGUUUCACCGCAUGGGCGGAUGAAGGGACGAUACUGGACCUGCAAGGUCUCCCAGCCAUAGACAGAUUAGAUUAGGGAAAAAUACCAAUCACUCAGCACCUCAUCAAUUAGAAAGCUCUAGAAAUUGCUGUUUAGAGAUAAAGCUUGCGUAAUCCAGAUCCUUCUAGAAAGAAGAACCAGAUAUUCAGGAGCCAGGGCUAAGGCAACCUGAUGCAUAUUGCUCCAGUUCCAACCCCGUAGGGUUUGAGGGGAAAUGUGUAAAUCCUGUCCCCUUGUAAUCGCUGGCAUUAUGGGAGGAAUGGAGGGGCUGAGACGCCCAUUUAGGCUCAGUUCCCGCUCCUCUUCAGCGUGCUGGAGACCGGGGCUUGCUUAUGAUGGCCACUGCUC